UGUUCGCCAGAUCUUGACUUUUGCCGACUCUCGGAGGAGGAGGGGAGUCGACACAGUGUUUCAUUUCUGUUCUCAGAGGUUUGGUGCCUGUUGUCAGCUAGGUGGAGCUUGUAUUUGGGGCGACUGGUUCCAAGUCCAUUAUUUAAAUGAAUUUAAUCUUCUUGAUGAGGAAGCACUCUGCCCUUCGUGUUUUUAAUCAGACUGCCCGCCUUCGCUUGCAAGAUUCUCUUUGUUUUACUGACGCUUCCAAACUUGGUACAUGUCUCAUCCCAGCGGGGGAGGAAGUUAAUUUUCAGCAAAAACUGAAAGAAUGCCAACCAACAUGACAUAAAGAUCAAUUCUAAAAAUGAAAUUAAACAUACAACUGGAUUCCAAGAAAUCAAUAUGAGAGAAAUUACAACAUCUGCUUUGAAGCUAAUUCCAAAAUGCCUGCUGCCUACGCUUAAGAUUCUAAACAUUGACUUCACUCCAAUCAAUUUUACCCAUAUUAAUGUUCAGGAAAACUUGGUGUCAUUCAUUUUCUUUCAGAAAACUGUGGAUAUUCUGACCAGACUUCUUUUGUCGAAAUAAGACUCAUGCUAGUGCUCAACAACCAGCCACUCAAAAAAAAAUUGAGUUCUAAAAAUAAAUCACUUUGAAGGAGACACAAGUUGCAGAAUUUGUCAACACUGGUUGCUUCAGAAGAUCUGUUUCCUCGCCCUCCCACGGUUUUGUCAGAUAAGUGGAGAAGUAUCAUUCAAGAAGAUUUCGCAAUGUUUGCUUACAGGCUUCAGAAGCAUCACUGGUUUUUCUCUUUGGUGAUUUUUGCUGUGCUCCUGUUAUCUGUCUUUUUUACUUAUACGGACUACACAAAAUUUUCACUUAGAAUCUUACUCCCCGUAAGAAAGUGCAAAUGCAACCGUUGUGUGUCAGAAUUAAAUAAGUCGGAAUGGUUUGACAAGCGGUACAUUCCCGGUAUGUAUCCCAUCCUGACCAAAAAUAACUACACACUUCCUGAAGCGACUUACACAUGGUGGAAAAGGCUUCAACAUGAAAAGAAAGAAUCCAAUUAUAGCAGCAUCAUGGAAGAACUGUUUAAGCUAUUUCCAGGUGAUGACAAGCUCAUGGAUCAGGGACCAAACAGAUGUCGGACAUGUGCAGUCAUAGGAAAUUCUGGCAAUUUAAAAGGAUCUAACUACGGGCCGUCGAUUGAUUCUAAUAAUUUAGUGAUGAGAAUGAAUCGGGCACGGACUGUUGGCUAUGAGGCAGAUGUAGGCAGUAAAACUACGCAUCACUUCAUGUACCCUGAAAGUGCUCGAGAUCUUGCAGAAAAUGUUUCUUUGGUUCUCAUCCCUUUUAAAAUAUUGGACAUCCAAUGGCUAAUUAGUGCUUUUACAACAGGCAAUAUUACUCGCACUUACAUCCCAGUGAUGCGUCACAUCAAGGCAAAUAAAGACAAGGUAUUGGUCUACAGCCCACAUUUUUUUAAGUAUGUUUAUGACAACUGGAAUGAGCAUCAUGGAAGAUACUCCUCAACUGGCAUGCUGAGUAUCAUUUUUGCACUUCAUGUCUGUGAUGAGGUGAACAUUUAUGGAUUUGGAGCCAACAGCAUAGGACAUUGGCAUCAUUACUGGGAGAAGAAUGCAGGUGCAGGAGCCUUCAGAGCAACAGGAGUUCACGAUGGAGAUUUUGAAGCCAACAUCACAAAGACGCUUGCCGAUGUUGGUAAAAUAAAUUUAUUCAAAGGCACUUGACACCGAAGCACUGUGAGUGAGCUACAGGCAAGCAUUAUGAGUCUGUAAAUAUCUUUGUGAUUACUGUGGUGAUGGAUUGUUGAACUAAGAAAAUGACAGUACUUUGGGAACUCAGAAAUUUAGUUCCUGUUUAUAAUUAGCCAAAUGAAAAGUCAAACUGCUUCUACUCUCUAACCCUAACCAUACCUUGCUAAAACACCAGUUUUUUUUUUGUUCCCUAUUUUACAACUAUCUUUGAAAAGUCUGUUUCUCCAUCCGGUCUAAUUUGUACCAAACUGCAAGCAAUUUGUUGACCUAUAGCAAUGACAGACUCUAUUGAAAUUAUUCACUAUGUCCGUCCAUAGUUUUAAUCUGGGAGAAUGUGAGGACUGCAGAUGCUGGAGGUCAGAGUUGAAAAGUGUGGUACUGGAAAGGUACAGCCAGUCAGGCAACAUGCGAGGAGCAGGAGAGUCGAAGUUUGCUCUUCAUGAGGAAGAGCUUGAUGAAGAGCUCAUGGUCGAAACAUCGACUCUCCUGCUCCUUGGAUGCUGCCUGACACAGCUGGGCUUUUCCAACACCACACUUUUCGACAUAGUUUUAUUCUGAAAAUCAGUUCUCCAGUUAGGGAGUGAGAAAUAGACAGAACCUGACUGUUGUGCGCUAUAUUAAAACAUAGGAAGUGUCAAAAUAAAUCUGAGUUCAGUAGGUGUGAUCAGAUCAUGUAGACAGCUUUCCACUAGGGCCAAAUUACAACAGGAUUAUCAACGUGAGAGAGACUGGUACAGCCAACAACCCAUGGUAAAGACAUUAGUGGCAAGAAUUUGGGCAGCAUGGUGGCACAGUGGUUAGCACUGCUGCCUCACAGCGCCAGGGACCUGGGUUCAAUUCCCGCCUCAGGCAACUGACUGUGUGGAGUUUGCACAUUUUCCCCGUGUCUGCGUGGGUUUCCUCCGGGUGCUCCGGUUUCCUCCCACAGUCCAAAGAUGUGCGGGUCAGGUGAAUUGGCCAUGCUAAAUUGCCUGUAGUGUUAGUUAAGGGGUAUAUGUAGGGGUAUGGGUGGGUUGCGCUUCGGCGGGUCGGUGUGGACUUGUUGGGCCGAAGGGCCUGUUUCCACACUGUAAGUAAUCUAAUCUAAUAUUCUUGAAUUGUAAAUAAAUGAAGUUAUGGAGAGGAAAAGCUGGACGCUUUACAUGACUGAUGAAGGCUACAAAUGAAUUGUGAAGAUUUGAAAUAAUUUGCGUUGUAUUCAAAUAUGAGACCUUGUUUAUCUUAUAGACUGACAUUUAACGAAAUGUGAUAUGGGGUCAGCACAACACUCAGUCCAACUUAGCCAAACAUAAAUCUGUAAACUCCAGAAUGACAAAGUGGAUAAACAUGGCAUCAGAUGCAACUUUUUUCAGAAAAUGUUAAAGUUCCAUCACUGGCCCGUGCUCAGUUAAAUAAUCAUAAGCAACGUUCCAUGCAAUAGAAGAGAAACCCCAGUCUGGCUAUGUCUUUCAAUCACAGCUGAGUUACCUCAAAUUCAGUGUGUCCAUCGGGGCAGAUAUUGAGUAAGGUCAGAAUCAAAACUAGGUCAUGAUUCCUGUACAAUUGAGUAUCCUGCUAUACUUAUUGCCCAGAUCUGAUGUUGGGAGAACUUAAUCAGAUUACUCAGCAUCGUAGAACCAUUUCCCAGAAAGUAACCAUGGUAUUCAGGAAAUGAGUCAAGUGAAAGAAAUCUCACCAAUCCUCAUGCAGCUUUUCACUGUUAAAAAAUGCUAAUGGUUCAUGAAAAAUUGAGGAUAAAGCAUUUUCUCAUUUUAUUACAAAUUGUGUUGAAAGUCAUUAUCGCAUCUUGGACUUUAUAUAACGAGCCACUCCCAUCAUCAAAACAAAAUGUCAGAUGCUGUUUUUAACUAAAAUCUGUGACCUUUAAUCUCAUUAUAUAGCACUUUGAAAGGACACUGAUCUUAUUAUGAUAUUACCCAGUGAAGUACUUAAUUGGAUUAGGUUUCAUACAGAACUAUAUCUGUUUGAGCUGAUAGGGAUAUAUAAUUGAUUCUGGUUCCCUGCCCUGAUCUUUAGCAAAUCUGCAAUGAAUUGGUCUUGGCAUUGAUUUGCAUUACGUUUGAUCGUUCUAUCGGCUCUAUAGCUAGAAAAAUCGAAAUUCAAUCCCCGUACGGACCUCACUUUAAACAACACUAUGGCUGCUACUGUUGGACUUGCUGCCUCCGAGUAAGGGAAUGAAACAGCCAGGAUUUCUGCUCCUGAUCACUAUACUGUUGGAAAGCAUACUCUUGUGGCUGUUGGCUGAAGAUGGGAUCGGAUUCAGCUCUGGUGCUCUCUCAGUAAAGUAAGCUUGCUGGCCCUUGCCAUUGAGGCUUAUUCAUGAAACAUGGCUACAUGAAUUUGAGUCAAAGCCACCGUCUCUCCUGAAAAGUUCUCAAGUCUCUUCACCGUUCAACCAAUGCACUGACCAGUUGAUGGGACAGAGGUGUACGGAUAUCUGCAUGUCAUUUUAAGCAUUUAAGUAGAACUGAAACUGAACAAGGUGAAUCUCCAACACCGACAGAAUGAAAGUUGAAAAACGCUACCUCUUACACUGAAAACUGGACUUUUGAAAAGAUCAUAACCAAAUAAUUAUCUGACAAGACCAAAUUGCCUUAAACUUAGCUGUAAAAUGCUUUCCAUGACUGAAGCUGUGGAGUAACAGCAAAACAGAGAAGCGAAGGCAUUUCUUGCAUUAAUGCAUCAUAGUUUAAUCAGCCAUCAAGCAAUUACAUAGGCAGGCUAAAAUCUUAUAAAAAGAUGCUUGAGGAUGGCUAAGUUGAAAUUGAUGGACAUCAAUAGUGUGUAUGUGUGUGUGCGCGCGUGUGUGUGUGUGCGUGUGUGCGUGUGUGUGUGUGUGUCUCAUGUUAUUGUGUGAAGCCAGCAGAGUUAUGCAGAAGACUAAUACAUACAUGCUUGGCUGAUCAUUUUCACCUGAAAAGACUGUCAAAGCAUAGAUAAUACUUCUAGAAUUCCACGUCAUACAGUGGAAGGUGAACUUUGAAGUAUGGUUAGAAGGGUUAAUUCCUACUAUCUCACUCCUCCUUACUCCCAUAUUCCUAACAAGGUCAAGUUGAACUUAGAUCUAUAAUACUAUUAGCCUUACUUUGCUAAUCUCAUACAUACCCAGUGGGUGUCACAAGGAAUUUGGAGUUAACUCUUCAAAAUUAGAAACCGGGAAGUUAUUAAUUAUAUCUAUCAAAUUAGUUAGUGAAAUGGAAGAAUACAGCCACUAAUAAUAACUCCUGAGAGAGUAAUGAAGGGUUCUAUUGUUGCACAGAAUUUUUCAAUGAAGUGUGUAUAAAUGACAACCAGCUAGUAAUCUGACUUUCGAAGUUUCAAUCAACUGCAGGCUUUUAAGGAAUAUUUUUCUAUCCUAAACUAACACUAUAUUAUUGAAGUGGCCCAAUGACUCGAGGAUCAAAAUUUUUGAAGACUUGAAAAUAGUCAAUGGGAAAGGAAUUCUGAAUUUUGUUCACAUAGUUCACUACUCUGUAUCUCAAAAUAUAUGUUUGAAAUUAGAAUUGUAGCACCUGGGAUCUUGGUGUCACCUUGGACUCCUACUUGGCCUUAGCAUCUUUCGAUUGAAAAAUAUAACCAAGUGAAUGUCGUGUGUAAUUUAAGAAGCAGUUAAGUUUCCAGAUUAGGUCACUUAUUACUUGGCUGUAAGACCAUGACAGUGUGGGCUUUGUUUGGUGCUGAAUAAAACUGAUCUCAGCAUUACAGUGUCAAAGACAUGGGAAAUGGUCUUACUGACCCAUAAGGUAGAUUGAGAAGAAAAAUCUACAGAGUUUUGAUUAUUAUCAAUGUUCGUUUAGACCCUGCUGCAAUAUGAAAUACAAUGCACUACUGGCGAUGCAGUAAAAAGCCUGCUCGCGCACACAUGAAGAAUAUAAGGGAGUGACCAAACAGCAAGUCACUGCCACCUGGAGAAGUGUACCUAAUAAUGAGAUAUCAGUUCAAUCACCAGUUACACAUCUGUCCCGAUUUUUAUUUCUACUGAAGUUGAUGGAGGAGAAGUUUGAGACAGUUUUGUAGCAAGAGACUGAAAUUCUAAUGCCUAUAACUUUAUAUUUAAGAUUUUUUCAAUUAUCCUUUGUGGAAGGAAAAUGGGAAGCUUAACUUUUAUUUUGAUUGUUUUUUUUAAUUCUGGGAUUGAAGUGUAAAUGGGAUGAUAAUUUUAGUGAAGUACUUCAGAAAUUAUAUAAUGUAUUAAGGCUUUUUACUUCAUUCAGUGCCUUUCUAUGUCAAUACCAGUUCUAUGUAAUGUUGUAAAUUUAAGUGUUUAACUUAGGAGGAUGGAGAGAAACAGUAGGAGAGACGAGCAAUAAAGGAUGACAAUUUUUUUAAAACCCUUACUUAACUCUUGCCUUGUGCCAUUUACCACCACAGAGCUUGACUAAUGCUUCUAUGAAAUUAUUCUUGAAGCCAGGUGGCAGGGAAAUAGUCAAUUUCCUUUGUAAGUGUCCAUAAGUCCCACCCUAUGUUCAGAAACGUCCUCAUGGUAUCAUCAUAGAGAGUUUUCCCCUUUCCUGUCCUCACUGUGGCACAGGAUUUCAUUGCAAGUUUGAAACUGUGCCAAAUUAGCCAGACAGAUUCAAUGUCCAUUUUCCACAGCACCACUGUUUAAUCGCAUUCGAAUAACAACAUUAGAACUAAGAGCAAGAGUAGGCAAUUCAGCCUAUUUUGAGCCUGUUCCAUCAUUAGAUAUGAUCAUGACUAAUAAUUUCUCAGCCUGCUCUCCAUAACCUUUCAAACUGUUACUAAUUAAAUAUCUGUAUAUGUCCUCCUUCAAAUUUACUCAAUGUCUCAGCGUCCACUACAUUCUGAGUAGUGAAUUCCACAGAUUCAUGACCCUUUGAGGGAAGUAAUUUCUCUUCAUCUCCUUUUGAUUUGUAACUUGAUAACGUGAUAACCACUUGCUUUUCCAACAAUUUAUGAUUAGAAUUUUUUUAUGUCAAUAUUUUCAUUUGAAAUCAAAUUCCUGUGUAAUGAUUGGAAUAAAGGGAUUUUCAGCAAUGUUCUGGGAGCCAAAUUUCAUUCACUACUUAGUAACAAUUAUAAAUCAAUGCCAUAGAAUUGUAGAAUAGUCAAGUAUCCAUCUGCAAGAGCGAUUCAGCCAGCCCCAUUCACUUUCAACCUCUGUCCUUGCCCUGUAGCCUUGCAAAUAUUUUACUUGGAGAUACUUAGGCAAUUGCCUUUUAAAAGCCCAACUGAAAUUCCAUCCAUCACACGUUCAGAUAAAUAAAAAAAAUCACUGUUUAAUAAUGAUUCACCAUAACUUCCAUGUUUCUGUAUUCUGUACUUCUACACAUAAAGCUAAGAAACACGUAUGCUUUUUGGCUUUUUAACCCUAUCAACACCUCUACUGAUGUUUUCUGCAUAUAUCCCCAGGUCUCUCAGUUGCUGUGUUCCUUGAGGGUUGCCCCCUUUGGUCUAUAUUACAUCACCAAGACCUUUUAACCAAAAUAAAUAUGUUUCAGAUUUAUUUGUAUAAAAUUUAUGGUACAUUAAAUUUCAUCUGUUUAUUGUAAAAAAUCAGUAGUCUUUGUAUUUGGUAGCACUAUAAACAACAUUGUAUUAAAUAGUCUGAAAACAACUAUUCAUCACUACAUUCACCAUUCAUUGUCACUCAUUCAACUUUGAAUAUAUGCUAUCAUUGUCCCAUUUAUUCCAUUCACUGACAAACCUUUCUUUUAAGCAAACUUAUUAACCUUUUGGAUAUCCAUAAAUCAAUAACUUUUCAAUAUAACUUGGCAGUAAAGGCAGAUGUCAAGUACUUAUUUAAUACUUCACCUAUGACCUCCAUUUGUAGAUCCCCUUUUUGGUCUCUAAUUUUUCUCAUCCCACUUUUUAGUACCUUUUUCUUAUCUAUAUGCCUUCACUGGACUUCGUUGCCAUUUUGUGCUGAAUUCAGUCAGCCAGAUGCAAAGAAGCAUUGACAAUCCCAUAGUGUGAGAAGAACGAUCUAUGGAUAUCCUUGCUGUCACUUCCAUGCUCCUUCAUCUUUCCUACACACACACAGACUUGGUUGGUUCAUUGUUAAGGCUGAAGGAUGACCACUUGGGUAUGAGGGAGAACCAUCAUCUGUAUCCCUGUCAAUGAGAAAGUUGAGAUAAUUGGAGUGAGGCAAAAAUGGAAUUAAUGUUAUCUUGACCACUAUAGUGAUUAUAAUAGCACAUAGUAACAGAUAUUAAUAAUUCAGAGCUCAUAUCCUGGUGUAUGAAUCACCAAGAAAUUGUUAUGGAGAUGCAAGUGAUUAGGAAGGCCACAAGAAUGCUGGCAUUUACAACAAAAUAAAUUAAAUUAAGAAGUAGGAAAGUUUUACUGUAUCUUGUGUAAGAAUACAUUUGCAUUACUGUCGACAGUUUAGUCUCCUUACUGGAAAAAGGUUACCGUUUGGAGAAAGUUCUUUCGACUCACUCUUGGGCUGAUCAUACGAAGACUGUCUGAACACAUUGGGCUGUACUCACUGGAUGUUCAAAGAAUGAGAGAUAACCUUACUAAAAAUAUAAGAUCUUGAGAGAGCUAGGUAAGAGGAAUACAGAAAGGAUGUCUCCUCAAGGUAGGGUGAGAUUAGAAAUAAUAAAUUUAAUAAGAUUAGAACAAAUUAAUACAUUUAAAAAUAAGGGGUCUCCCUUUUAAGGCAGAUUAUAAGAAAUGUUUUCUCUCAGUGAGUCAUCAGUCUUUACAAUUUUCUUUUCAAAGCAAUGAAGGCAGAGUCAUUGAACUUUCUCAAGAUAAAAUGGAUAGAUUUUUGAUACACAAGUCAGUGGUUAAGGAGGAGCAGUGAGAACAGUGACAUUGAAACCACAGUAAAAUCAGGCAUGAUCUCAUCAAAUAAUGGAACAUGAUUGAAGAACCAAAUAGCAUUCCUGCUCCUGCUUUCAAUGGAAAAAUAUUCUGGAAAUGCCACUGAGAUAACAGGCUGCUGCAAAAGGGGUAGUGCGUUGGCUCAGUGAUUAGCACUGCUGCCUCACAGCACCAGAGACCUGGGUGACUGCGUGUGUGAGUUUGUACGUUCUCCCUGUGUCUGCAUGGAUUUCCUAUGGAUCCUCUGGUGACCUGCCACACUCCAAAAUGGCGCAGAUUAGGUGGAUUGGCCAUGCUAAAUUGCCCAUAGUUUCCAGGGAUGUGCAGACUAGGUGAUUUAGCCAUGACUAAUGCAGAGUUACAGGGAUAAGGUAGGAAGAUGGGUCUGGGCAGCAUGCUUCUCAGAGGGUCGGUGUGGACUUGAUAGGAUGAAAGGCCUGCAUCCACAGUGUAAGGCUUCCAUGAUUCUAUGAAAAGGCUGAAGCUGUUCGCCCAAGUCCUUUGGGGGAAGAAAUUUUCUUUUCUUAUUAGCCAGGCCCUUAUGUGGCUCCAAUGUGGUUAUUAGGAACUACCCUCUGAAAUGUCUUAGCAAGCUACUCAGCUCAAGCAGAAGGUCAAGCAGUGCUUAUUCAGAGUAACUGACAAUCAAUGCCAGCCUUAGCAGCAUAGUCCACAUCCUGAGAAUGAACAAGGAAAAGAGAAAUUCGCCUACUCUUUCUUCCAUCCUCUGAGUGAAUCAUUUUCAAUAUUCAUAUUUGUUGUUGUCUCUUAAGAAAUUCUUUUAAGAAAUGGAUAUUUUACAGGAUAAUUUUUUUUAUAUUAAUUGAUGGGUCAGUGAAUAUUUUGAAAUUCCUGGCAGUUUAGGUUUACAAGAUCAAUUUUAUUUCUAUCAAUGAUACAAAUUACUGAAAUUGCAUCCAUAUUCAAUAAAGUGUUAUUCGUCAUAAUGCUGAUUAGAGGAAUGCUUAACCAGGCUACAGUCUGUGUAUUUAUUUUCAGCAUUCACAGUUUGACUCAUUGGAGGAUAUAUUGAUAAAAUCAGGUUAUUUUAAUGUAGAUUGCCAUUGACGCAUCAUCCUGUAUCAAAGGGAGAGAUGCCUUUAUAUUCCUGGUUUUCUGACUCACUUCCUUUCAAGCUUCAUUGUCAUAUAGUAAAAUGUUGCAGCCUGUGAGCAGCGAUUUGACAAAGAGCUGUGCGUCUUCCUGUGACAUCAUUAGCUGUUGGCAAUGAUCAGGGAAGACCUGAAACACAAACAGGUACACCUUUCACACAGGGUGCCAGCUUUUGGUUAUUUGUAAUGAGUAAUAACCUCCAAACAGAGGGGGAGACCAGCAUUCUGAGUAUUGUACUGAGCUAGGGAGAGAACAGGAAUGAAAAUUAUUAACAGGUGAAAUUACUGAUUCUGUUUGUUGUGCAGUGAAACUUCCCUGUUAGAAGAUGAGUACAAGAUACCCAAGUAGUGUCCAAAUACUGGCUGCUUAAUGUGUUGCCACCAGUAUGUACCUCUGUUAGGAGUUAGUGCCUUCAGUGAAGGAGGGCAGGAGGGGAAAAUGUUUGUGAGUAACCAUUUUGACAUGGGGUACGUUUAAACACUGGAGGUAGUUUUCUAAGUCCAUACCAAUGAUGGAAUCUAUCAAGCAGGAAAUCAUGGAAAUAUUGCCUGUGACUUUCAAUUCAUAGGUAUUGAUUAAAUACUAGUCCUAACAAAUAGUGGGUAUAAGUGGUGCAUAUGAGCAGCAUACAAAGUGAUCUUCUAAUUUAUACUUCGAUUGUGUAAAGGCAUGCCUGGAAAUUAUCCCCUACCUAUACAACAUUCAUUUUCAAAACAUUAGCUGUGUCAAUGAUUCUCCAGUCUGUCUUUGGCAGAUCAUUUGAUUGUUGCCAAAUUUCUAAUUCAAAAGUCAGCCAGGUUUCUUCCUUAUGUAUUAAAAGAUGUUGUAUACUCAUGUUGUCAAUGAAAAUAAAUCAUGUCUUAUAUUUCUAAAAUGUGUUUCUGAUUAUG